CCUCGUAAUAAUACAGCAAAUCUCACAAAGGUGAUAUUCAGAUUGUAAAGAAGGAUGAGUUUUCAACCAAGUGUAAUCAGACUGAUUUCCACCGGAUGGCUGGAGGGAGACAGGAGGAAUUCCGGACUUGGUUAGCAGAGGAGUGGGGUCGUACACUGGAGGAUAUUUUCCAUGAGCACAUGCAGGAGCUGAUCCUUAUGAAGUUUAUCUACACCAGCCAAUAUGAUAACUGCCUGACAUAGCGUAGGAUCUACUUACCGCCAUCUGCUCCAGAAGACCUUCUCCCACCUGGUUUCUUUAAAGGAACAUAUGGAAGCCACGGGCUGGAGAUAGUAAUGUUGAGCUUCCAUGGAACCCAUAUCAAAGUAACAAAAAUCACUGGAGACCCGAAUGUACCUGCUGGUCAGCUGACUUUGCACAUUGAUGUCACUCGGCCUGUCCUAUUUCCUGACGUCGAACAUCUUCGAAGUUUCGACAAGCUGUCUCAAAUUGUGCUGGAAGUUCACCAACAAGUGCAAUGUGACCAACAGAAUCAGGAGCACUGGCAUGACAGCUCUCAACAAAAUCCAAGCAGCUUGCAGCCUACAUGUAAUGGUGUCCAAGAACCAGAAGACCAAGAAAAGAAAGCUGCUGGGAUGAGCACAAUGCUUGAGACAGGGGAAUCAGAGGGAGCAACUGCAGGAGGGUCACCAGCACCGUCAGUGCCUGGGCAACCCUUUGUGCUACCUGUGGGAGUGAUGGCUCGAAAUGAAGUGUAUCCAAGAACAUGUAGGGCCUGUUUUUAUGGCACAGGCCUGAUCGCAGGUCAUGGAUUCACCAGCCCCGAAAGGACACCUGGGCUUUUUGUCCUAUUUGAUGAGCAAUGUUUUGGCUUCAUCUGGCUGGAUCUGAAAUCCUUCAGCUUGUACAGCAGGAUUGAAGACUCGCUAAGAGGCGCACAAGCUCCUUUCAGAGAAGCUUUCGAAUUGAUGCUCAAAAGUAUGCAAUCAUGGACGUCCUGACUAAUGUUCGUUCUCGGGGAACGAUGUGUUGCAUCUCUGAGAAAUCACAGUUGUGUGAAGCAGUCCCUCCCCAUGUACACUAAAGCAUGCACUUUGGAAAGAAAGCCUGGUGUUUGAAGUUGCCAGAACCACAUAUCGCCUGCUCCUCACCUUAACCCCCACCCUAUCUCACCUGAGCUACUACCCGAAGGUAAAAUUGCUGCAAUGGUUUCGUAAAAUGUUUUUCAGAGCUGCCUUCGUGGAUUGAGCAGAGAAAGCAAUGUAGAUGGGAGUGUGGAGAACACCAGUGCUCACUUUUGCAUUAGCAUGAAAGAUGGGAUGAAUGUUGAUUUGAAUGAAGCUUUGCUGUACUCUGAGCAAACGUUGAUGGUUCAUUGAGGGGUUCUGAGGGACUUUGUCUUUUAAUUUUGUUACAAAUAGUUAAACACCUUUACUUUGACUGUGUUUGGAGAGAGAGAGAAUGUCAAGGAAGUGAUGAUUUUUAUUUUUAAUGACACAAACAA